AUGCCUCCUAUUACUAAAUUCUGGCUCAGUACCCUCAAGAAUGAGCAGUCCGUGAACUCUCCCGCUUUCCUCCAAUUUAUUUCAGAGAUUCUCGACUUCUGCGCAUCCUACAGUGGCCCAGAAUCUGGAAUGCAUGCUUUUUAUCAAGAUAUCAACAAUCCGUCUCGAUUGUUCAUGAUCACAGGGUAUCCGUCUCAGGAACUAAACACCGCGGCCGACAAUGUUUACGCCGAGGAGUAUCUUCCACGUAUGUUCGAUUAUGUGCAGCAUGUAUGGCUGAAACAGCUUGACAUGGAUAUUACCACCGUACCUCUGGAUGAAAAGGUAGUUGUCGCGUAUGGCAAAAAUCCUUCUCAGUGGAAAGAUGAGAAAAGGGGCUUUGGAGGGUGGGAUGUUUGGCCGAAAGCUGCCCAGGCCCAGAAAAACGCAAAAGUCGAAAGAGGAGGUCAAAAUUUUGAAAUUGCGGCUGAUCAGGUCUGGGUACAAAUUUCCUGCUGGGAAGACGGAAAUGCAGACCCAGCGCAACCCACAGAAGGCGAGAAGCUGUAUCUGCACAAAGUCAUGAGUCGAUAA